CCGAUAUGGGUGUUCAUGGGUACAACGUACGAGUCAUGGGCGCCAUCUUUCGUCUCUACCACUCUGGUCUCUGCAUAGCAAGGGCUUGGGAUAGGGCAAAGUGGUAACUGCGUUGGUGUCGUAUUGUCAUGGGUGCUGUGGAAGAGAUAGAACGCGGUGCGCCGCAGAACACUCUAGCGCCCGAGAAGACGACUACUGAUGUAUCUAAACACGAAGGAUUUUAUGUCGAAUUCGCAGAGGGAGACUCGAGAGACCCAGCACAGUACACGCGCUUCAGGAAAUGGUGCAUCACCCUCACGGCCUGCGCCUUCUCCGGGAUGACAGCCGCCACCUCAGCGUCCUUCUCAAUGGGCAUCACAUCCAUGAUCCGCGACCUGCGCUGCACCCAGUUCGAGGCGACCCUCGCAUCCGCCAUCUUCCUCCUCUUCGUCGCCAUCGUGCCCCUCUUCACGUCCUCGUUCAGCGAGGAGUUCGGGCGCAAGCCCGUGUACCUCGCCACUGCGCUCUUCGUGUUCGUGUUCCACAUCGUCACCGCGACGGCGCCCAGCAUCCAGGUCGUGGUCUUUGCGCGCGCGAUGAGCGGUGCGUUUGGGUCGACGGGGGCGACGUUGGUGGGCGGGAGUGUCGCUGAUUUGUGGUUGCCGCAUGAGAGAGGUUUUCCUAUGUCGGCGUUUGCUGGGGCAUCGAUAGCGUCUACAGGGCUCGGUCCGGUCAUUGGGGGAUUCAUCGAGGCCAAUCCGCACCUAGAGUGGAGGUGGAUACAGUGGGUACACGCUAUCGUCGCGGGCGUCUAUGUCCUCGUAGUCCUCUUCGUGAUGAAGGAGACUCGAUCCGCGGUUAUCUUGCGCAGACUAGCCAAGAAGAAGCGCAAGGAGACCGGCGAUCAGCGGUAUAUCUCAAGGGCGGAAGAGCAGAAACAGAGUCUGCGGACGAUGAUCUGGAUCUCGUGCACCCGGCCGCUUUACUUCCUCGGAACGGAGCCGCUGGUGAUCACGUUUGCCCUCUACAUAUUCUUCGUCUGGGGCGUGCUCUUCUGCCUCAUCGACUCUGUCUCGCACACCUUCGAAACGACCUACGGCUUCGACGUCAGCCAAACCGCCACCGUAUACCUCUCUCUUUUCAUCGGCACCGUCCUCGGGUUCUUCGCGAACAUGUACCAGGACGUGCUCUACAGAAAAUACGUGCACCGCAAAGGCCCGGAGGCGCGCCUGUACAUCGCGUGCGUCGCGGCGCUCGCGAUCCCGACGGGCAUGUUCAUCUUCGCGUGGACAUCGUCGCCCCGGAUACACUGGGUCGUGCCCGCCGUCGGGCUUAUGAUAUUCAUGUUCGCGGCGUACGUGGCCUACCUGGUCGUUUUUCUCUAUCUCGCCGACUGCUACGGGACGUUCGCCUCGUCCGCCAAUGCAGGACAGAGCCUGUGCAGAAACUUCGGGGGCUUCGUGUUCCCGUUGUUCUCCCAGAAGAUGUACAACACUCUGACGUACCGGUGGUCCAACACGCUGUUCGGGUUUAUCGGUGUCGUCAUGGUUCCCAUUCCUUUUGUUUUAUAUAGAUAUGGCGCGGUAUUGCGCAGACACAGUGCUGCGUCCAGGAAGAUUCUCGAGGCCGAGGCAGCCAAAUCGUGAAUGACGACGAUUUGAGAGACGAUCUAACGAUAUACAUGAUUACUUUGUUCAUUCCUUUUACACUGGGUAUACAUAUACAUCCACGAUAUCACGUU